AUGUCAGGUGUGCCGCUGCAGCAGGCUGCCGGGGCUGUUAGCUGGAAAGAGAAGGGAUUUUUCUUCUUCUCUCCUCUUCUAGUCCACACAGCAGAAGCAGAUCUGAGCACCUGUGAAAUGAGUAGCAGUACUACUGAUUUCAGAAUAUGUUCUGUGUUAGCGUUCAUCCGUUCCCUGGCCCGUAAGAAGCCUUUGGAGCCAGCAGGUGAGCAGUCCAACUUCUGCCGACGCUUGACCAGCCUGGAUCUGAUUGGCCUGGGUGUUGGCGGCACGCUUGGAGCAGGGGUUUACGUGCUCUCAGGGGAGGUGGCGAGGGAAGUGACUGGUCCUAGCAUCAUCAUCUCUUUCCUGGUUGCUGCAGUGGCUUCAGUCUUUGCAGGGUUGUGCUACGCUGAGCUUGGUGCUCGUGUGCCAAAGAUGGGCUCGGCCUACCUUUACAGCUAUGUGACUAUAGGAGAGGUGUGGGCAUUUGUGACUGGCUGGAAUCUGCUGCUGUCCUAUGUCAUUGAAACAUCUAGUAUAGCCAAAGCCUGGACUGGAGCAUUUGAUGACCUGAUACACAAUGUUAUGGCUAAGCAUCUAGGGGAACAUACACCCAUGGACUCACCUGGCUUGGCUGAAUACCCAGACUUCUUUGCUGCUGCGCUGAUUAUGUUGCUUGCUGGGGUGCUUGCAUUUGGUCUGAAGGAGUCUGCAAUCGUGAAUACUGUUUUUACAGCAGUAAAUGUGUCUGUGUUGAUUUUUAUCAUCACUUCUGGCUUUAUAAAAGGAGAUCUUGAAAACUGGCACAUCAGUAAAAAGACAGUUCUAAAUGCAACUUGGGAAGUUAUGAAACUUGAGCCGAAUGAAACUGUUGACUUUGGUGUUGGCGGCUUUUUCCCCUUUGGUUUUGAUGGAACUUUGGCCGGGGCAGCAACCUGUUUCUAUGCUUUCUUUGGAUUUGACUGCAUUGUUGCUACUGGUACUCUUUAUUUGCUGGGAGUGAUGUUGCCAAUGCCACGGGUGCUGUAUGCCAUGGCCAGAGACGGCCUGCUCUUCAAGCCACUCAGCUACAUGAGUUCCAGACAAAGUCCUGUCUUGGCUACAUUGUCCUCAGGAGCUGUGGCUGCUUUCAUGGUCCUUUUAUUUGACCUCAAGGCACUGGUGGACAUGAGCUCUAUUGGGACCAUUUUUGCAUACACUCUUGUUGCAGUAUGCCUUCUUAUAUUAAGGGAUGUGCUCAGGCCUCCAUUUCGAGCUACCCACCGCACCUCUAAAAAUGUCACCAUUCUCACCAUCAUUAUCUUGUUCCUGGUAAUCGUUUUAACCGUGCUCCUGUCUGAGGCCUUGUACUCACUCAGCAGAUGGGAACUAUGGAGCGUGCUCCUCGUCUCUGUCCUCGUGCUGACAUUGGUCCUUGCCGUUGUUAUCAUCUGGAGGCAGCCACAGAGCAGGACUAAAGCUUCUUUCAUGGUUCCCUGUGUACCUGUAAUUCCAGUUUUAAGUGUCUUCAUUAAUACCUACUUUAUGGUUCAACUGGAAGGAGAAACCUGGGUCAGCUAUGCUGUUUGGAUGGCAAUUGGUCUGAUUGUAUACUUUGGCUAUGGAGUUCGUCAUAGUGUCCAGAAACAAAGACUCCAAGAAGCUCAUGAUCAGCUUAGUAGCAAUAACGUAAGCAGUGAUGUUGUGGAUUGUGCUGCUUGA